UUUUUUUUCUUUUCCAUCGCAACCUUUCGUUUUCAUUUUUCCGUCAUGUCUAUGCUACAGCGACUUGUCCGUGCAGUGUCGGGUUCCACGACCAUGCGAUCCUUCAGUACCGCUCGUCCCAUGUUCAACGAAUCCACCACCACCGCCGCCACCAACACUACACCCACCACCAACGGUUUAUACCAAUUUUUUGAAAAUGGCCAAGCCUUACCGCAAAAGAUUUGGACCGGUCGCGCAUGGAAAGCCAGCGAAUUGCGUCAAAAGUCGUUUGAUGAUCUUCACAAGCUGUGGUACGUUCUGUUGAAAGAACGUAAUGUAUUGGCAACCCAGCGUGAGGAAGCAAAACGAUUAAAGAUCCACAAACAAGUGUGGUCCAACCAGGGCCGCUUGAAAAAGUGCCAGAAAUCGAUGGCUCGCAUCAAGUGUGUUUUAUACGAAAGACAACGAGAAUACGAAAGCACUUUAAAAACUGCUGUAGAGAAAAACUAGAUUUGUUCCAAAAACCCAUUUUCACACGUUUCAUCCAUCGUUUUCUAGAGUUUAAAUAAUGUAUAGUUCAUUUUCGGAUACGCAUCCUGCUUAUUUCUGUUGUCGUUAUCCCGAUGAUUGCUGAAUGUUGGAAGUUGUUUCAUGUGCCCAUGGAGACAGAGAUACCCAACAGGAGUGACCAUGGUUAGGGGGUUGGAGAUCGGUUUCUUUUCAUCAGAUCAUUGCCUUGUCGCCAUAUGUUAAGAAAAAAGAAAGACCAUUUACUCUGUAUGAUACAUUGGAUUUAUCUGGAUCUCGUUUCACUAUCGCAAGACGUUAUGCAGUUGUGUCUCUGCCCUGAGUGUCCUACAUGGUGUGGACCUGAUGAUCGGUCUUUGAAAUACGGGAGAGUCUAAAGCAACGUCGUGAGUCCGAUUCAGCACGCUUCGUUCUGCUG